UUGUUCACCAAUUUUCAGUAAAGCUUAUUGAAUAAAAACCUAUGAAUUUUACAAUUUUUAUUUCAUACAAAAUAUUGUUAGUGUACAUAAAUGAGGCGAGUAAAAUACAUAAUAAUACGUACAUAAUAACUUAUAUGCAAACACAUCACACCUGUGCAUCUGAUACAAUACAAAUGUGGUGGUCCAACAAAAUAAAAUGUUUUUACAUACCAUUGAAACUUUGUCAUUGCAUUUGUGUUACAGAAAGUCCCAGCGAUUGAUUAUUUCCUUUAAAAUCAGUUACAAUUGCAAUCCAUAGUUCUAUAUUGUAUUAUAUUUUAAUCAGAAAAAAUUAAUUGUUAUUUUUAAUACGCCAUGUACAUCUCAUUGGGACUUCUAUGGCUAUGUUUUAAAAUAAUUCAAGGAAAAAUAACUGAUUGUCCAUUGGGUGGCAUACGUGAUACAGAUCUAUGCUUAAAGCUAAAAAAAGAUACUGUUUUUCAUAGAUUCUAUUUGUGGGGUUUUCAAACACAAAUACUCGGAAAUAAAGACAAUAAGUACGAUGUAUACGAUAUAGCCUAUGAGCAAUUUAAGGAAGUUUCCAAGAAUAAAGCUGUGGGCUCUGAAUUGAAUGUUAUGGAUCCUAUAGACGUAAUGCGACCAUCUAAGGCCCACACAGAAACUUUUUUAAAACAAGCAGAAACGAAAAGUUAGUAAAUGUUUUUGUUUAUAUACAACAACAAAAUGUUUUCAUUGUAUAGAAAUAAGAAAUUGGACAACGAUCCAUUUGUGUAUUCUGAAUAAAUCUAUUUGAACUCUGACGUAUCAUUUAAUAUUAU